CGUCACACCGCGAUCAGGGCGCUUGCAGCCCCGCGAUAGCUUGCCCAAUCAUUUAUGUCCGUGCACUACCUCCCAAGCCAGUCCUUGCUGUCAUUGGACUCCUUUGAAACGGACUACAGAAAUACGCACUUCGCCGCAAAAACCCCCAUCGUGAUCGACAACGGCUCAACCGACCUGAGAUAUGGCUUCGCAACAUCCGGGGCCCCAUUCUCCAAUCCCAAUAUGUUUUCGAAAUAUAAAGACAGAAGAAGCGGCAAGAUGCUUGGGCUUUUUGGCGCUGCUGCGGAGGUCGAUGGUCCAUCACGCGGGGCUGCCAAGUCUCCGUGGGAAGCAGAAGUGCUUUUGAAUGCCGAAGCUCUGGAAGGAUGUCUUGACUAUGCUUUUUUGAAACUUGGGCUGGAUGAUGAUUCUGUCAGUCAUCCGGUAAUAAUGUCGGAGAGAUUCUGCACUCCUCUCGCCAAUCGCCGCUUGAUGUCCGAACUCUUGUUCGAAUGCUAUUCUGUUCCGAGAGUAGUAUACGCCGUUGACGCCUUGCUUUCGCACGCUUAUAACUGCCCUGAACCAUCCGCUCCACAAGAAGGCCUUGUAAUUUCGUUCAACACUUCAUCCACUUCGGUCAUUCCCUUCUUGAAUGGGAGGGGUGUUUUUAAUCAGGCCAAACGACUACCUUGGGGUGGUUCUCAAGCCUCAGAGUAUCUUCUAAAGCUUCUUAACCUCAAAUAUUCAGGGUUCCCCACUAAGAUCACACCUCAGCAUGCAACUUGGAUGCUUCAUAAUUUUUUCUUGGUUUCUUCAAACUACGUGGACACCAUCAGACAGCUCAAAGUGCCAUCAUCGCUUUCGGCUGCAAACAUCAUUGUCCAGUUUCCAUUCACGAUCACGGUAUAUAUUAUCGGCGAAGAAAAAACGGAGGAAGAGCUUGCUCGUAUAGCUGAACGACGCAGAGAGGCCGGCCGCCGGUUGCAGGAACAGGCUGCUAAGGUUCGAAGCGAAAAAAUGCUCCAGCGAGAGCAAGAUCUCGACAAUCUCCUCGCCAUCAGGGAGCUAAGAUCAAAAGACAAGAAGUCGGACUAUGCGGCCAGGCUCAAGGCGGAAGGAGUUGAGUCCGAUGCGAUGCUGGACGACAUCAUUAAGAAGUUACAAACUUCUAUCAAACGCGCUAAGCGUAAAGAGGAAGGUCAGGAGGAGGAAAUUGAUGCUGAAACCACGUUUCCGUUAGUGGACGUCCCAGAUCAUAAAUUAGACGAAGAACAACUAAAGGAGAAAAAGAGGCAACGAUUGAUGAAAGCCGCCCACGAGGCGCGUCAGCGGGCGAAGAAAGAGAAAGAGCGGGAGAAAGAAUUAAAAGAGGAAUUUGAAAGACGCGAGGAACAGGAACGUGAACAGGAUUUUCAAAGCUGGUCGCUCAAGAUGCGUCGGAGUCAUCAAGAGGUGAUGAACCGCAUUAAAGAACGAAAGAAGCGGAGGGCUCAGAUAAUGGACAGGAAAAGUGCUGUGUCUCAGACGCGAAUGAAGCAUAUCGUCAAUCUAGCUGAUGAAGUGCCUGCGGAUAAGAAACGCAAGAAAGCUGGAGCUGAGGACAUGUUCGGCGAGAAUGAUGACGAUUGGCUCAUUUACCGUCAAGUGAGUUUGGAAAACGCGUCGGACGAAGAGGAAGAGGAUCUCGCAACUCUCACGACAAUCGAGUCGAAACUGUUGAGCCAUGAUCCCUCAUUUACCACUGCUGACACCUACUCGGCUAUUACAACAAGGCGCUCAGCAUUGAUGUCCGCAUUUCGACCCAAGUACGAGGAAGGAGACACUGAGGGCAUCCAUCGAGUGCACCUCAACAUCGAGCGGUGGCGAGUACCCGAGGCUUGGUUCGGACCAGGCGCCGCAGGGGUGGAUUCUGCUGGUCUGAGUGAGCUAAUUGAGAAUAUUCUCAAAAGUUUUGCAGCAGAAGAGCGAAGCCGCAUUGUAAAGGAUGUGUUUCUGACGGGUGGGCCAGCGAUGAUGCCAGGGUUCACUGAGCGCCUGCAGAAUUCUCUGCGGCCUAUUCUUGCUCCCGAUACUCCCUUUACAGUGCGUCUCGCAUCAGAUCCCCGAAUCGAUGCCUGGAAAGGGAUGGCAUCCUUUGCUCGUAGCAGCAGUUAUACAGAUGCCAGCACGUCUAAAGACGAAUACUUUGAGUUCGGCGGUGAGCGUACGAAGCGGUGGUGGGGAGGGAAUUGGAAUGCAGCCGUCUAAUUUCCGGGAAGAUCGGACAAUAUUCAACAACUAUGUAUCGGUGAUGUAUGAUACAGGGAGAGAUGAAUACGUCAUGGAAGCAAGCCCAAAUAUACUCUC